GGGCCAUGCCAUGCCCGUAGGGAGAGAUGCCUUUGGGAAAUGGAGCCACCGGAGCACAGCGCAAACAUGGCGCCCCGCGGCUGCCGCUGCCGGGCUGGUGCCUGCUCUGCUCGCUGCUGUGCGGGGGGCUCGCCGCGACCCCGGCCCCCGCCUGCCGGCCCUGCGCCCCGGGCUGUGCCUGCGCCGCGCCCGCCUGCGCCGUCAACUGCUCGGCCCGCGGCGUGGAGAGCCCGGGGGCCGCCGUGCCCCCCGCCGCCACCGCGCUGGAUCUUUCCAAUAACAGGAUCAGUGGUUUAGAUGUUGAGCUGUUCAGAAGCCUGACUUCUCUGGCAAAGCUAGAUAUAAGCCACAACCAGAUUUCUACAUUAGAAGAUGGAAUAUUUGAUAAUUUAUUUAAUUUAAGUGAAAUAAACUUAAGUUGGAAUCCAUUUGUUUGUGACUGCAAACUGUCCUGGCUGCCCCGCUGGCUGGAAGAGAGGAAAGUGAGAGUCCUUGAGGCAUCAGACACCAGAUGUGCCCACCCCCCCGAGGUGGCCAACCUGUCCCUCUUCGAUGUCCUGCUCCUCAAUGCCACCUGUGGAGCUCAGUACAUCACGUGUCUGACAGGAAACUACACCGAAGAAGCUGAGCUUGUCAUCCUCUUCACAUCUGUCCACCCUGGGAACCUCACUGAGGAGACCUGCAGUGCCCUCUGUUACUCCCAAGACCAGGAGUAUGGGGCUUUCAGCCCCCAGGGGCAGUGUUUGUGUGGAACUGCCCACGGAACAAACUCUUCCUCCGGCUGUUUGCCGUUUUGCACUGAGCAUUUGUCUGGGCAGGGCUGUGCUGGCCCCUCGCUCGUCCCCUCGCCCUUCCAGGCACAGCUGCCUGUGUCUUUCACAGGACUGCAGCCCCGCUACAGCCUGCACCAGCCCGUGCUCUUCAAUGUCAGUAUUCCCAUUGCUGCCAGCACUUUACUGUGGGACUUUGGGGACCAGAGCCAGGUUCUCAACAGCACUGCACACUCGGCUGUGCACAGCUACGCCUUACCCGGCCGCUACAACGUCACUGCCACCCUCCUGCUGGGCUCCAGGCUCCUGCAGGAGCAGGCAGAAAUCGAGGUGGUGGCUUCACCCCAGCAGCUGGAGCUGCUGUGUCCUUCCCUGGUGGUGGCCAACGAGAGCCUGGACAUCCGGAUCCGCAACAGAGGUGGCACGGGGUUGGCAGUGCUCUACGGGAUCACUGCGGAGCCUGGCGAGCUGGCCAGGGCAGUUCACCCCAUGUGCCCCCCUGAGGGCUUGGUUUUCCCGGGAAACAACCACUGCUACCAGCUGGUGGUGGAGAAGGCGGAGUGGCUGGAGGCGCAGCGGCACUGCCAGGAGCUGGGCAACGGGGACCUGGCUUUUGUCAGCAGCCCCGACAUCCAGAGCUUCCUGGUUGCUCAUGUCAUCAGGAGCCUCGAUGUCUGGAUUGGAUUCAAUGAUUUUGCAAGCUCUGGAGCGCAGCAGCGAGGGGAAGGAUUUAAUCUGGAGAGCUGUCAGAACUGGCUGCCAGGAGAGCCCCAUCCCUCCAACGCUGACCACUGCGUGCGCAUGGGCCCCACGGGCCAGUGCAACACCGACCUGUGCAUGGCCAAGCACAGCUAUGUCUGCGAGUACAAGCCACCAGGAGUUCUCCUGAACGCCGAGAACUUCUUUGAGGGAGAUGCUGAGCUGGCCCCAGGCGAGGCCCUGAGGAACGUGAGCGAGGCCGUGGCAGCAGAGCCGUGGCAGGCUGAGGAGGUGCUGGAGUUCCCAGAGCUGGCCUUCAGGCACCAGGGCUUUCUCACUGCCCUGGAGUUCGGGACACAGGAGCUGCACCAGCCCGUCCAAGUGAGGUUCCAGCUGCACAGACUGGUGGAUGGAGAAGACUACCAGGAGGAAAACAAUGCUACAGAACCAUUCCCCAGUGCUCAGGAUGAUGGGAACUGGACGCUGCUGGAGUGUCCUCCUGGUUUCCAGUGGUGUCCUUUGACAAACCUGUGCUCAUCCCACAACAGCUGCUGCAAUGGCAGCGAGUGUGCCAACAGCUCCUUUGGCAGCAGCCCUGCCCCUGGCUCCCUGCAGCCCAACACCAGCCAGCCCAGCUAUCAGCUCCUCAGGGAGUUCCUCUUUAUGGUACCAGCUGGCCCCUCUUCCCAGUACCAGGUCCCAUUCAGCCAAGAAAACAUCUUUGUCAAGCCUGGGGACGUUUUCAGCAUCCAGCACGACUCAGCCUCGGGCUCGUUCCUGCAGUGCCCCCUCAGUGCCACCUCCGUGGCCAGCAGGAACUCCUCGGGGUGGGCCCUGGGGCCGUCCCCCAGCCCCGUGGGCAGCAGGGCGUGCUCCGUGCGCGUGCGCUACGCCGAGGAGCAGCUGGUGCCGGUGCUGGGCCCCAGGAACGCGGGGCUGGAGCAGCCCGGGCACUACAGGCUCCGUGCCAGCGUGGACAGCGGGCUCUUCCGUGCCAACCUGUCCUGCUCCUUCCGCGUGGCGUCCCGCGUGUCCGGCCUGCGCGUCCUGCACCCGCCCCCGCAGGGCUCCAGGCUGUACCUGCCCACCAACCACACCUGGCUGCUGCUCAAGCUGUCCUCGGGGGUCAACGCCACGGCCAGCCGCCUCGGGGACAACCGCAGCGUGCCCUUCGUGGCCACCUGCCCGGCGGCCGUGGCCGCGCUGUGUGCCAGGGAGAACAACGACACCUGGUUUGCCGUGCUGCAGCUGGGCGGCCUCGGGGAGGGCCUCAGCACCCACGUGCUGGUGGCAGAGAACUCGGUGAGCUCCCAGAACAUCACGGUCACCGUGAAGGUGGAGGAGCCCAUCCGCGGGCUGAGGGCCACCCCCGACCCCGAGAGCAGGGUGCUGCUGAACACACGGGUGAGCUACAUCCCUGUGAUGGAGGCUGGGUCAGAUGUGACUUUCCGAUGGACAGUAGAUGAUAAGCCAUCUUUCACUUUUUACAAUGUUGUCUUCAACGUUAUCUACCAAAGCCCAGCUGUGUACAAGCUCUCGCUCACCGCCUCCAACCACGUCAGCAACUUCACAGUCAACUACAACGUGACAGUGGAGAUGAUGAACAGGAUGAGGAACCUGAGCGUGGUGGGGGCCCUGCCAGUGGUGCCCCAGAACAGCAGCGUGGAGUUCAGUGCCCGGGUUCUCGUGGACUCGGCUGUGGAGGCUCUGUUCCUGUGGGAUUUUGGAGAUGGUGUCCAGGAGACCUACCUGUUCAAACCUCCCUACAACAAGUCUUUCCUUGUUCCUGAUCCCAAUGUCCAUGAGGUUGUCAUUGAGCACAACGUUUCACACAUCUACCAAGACCCAGGAGAAUAUGCCCUGAUGGUUGUGGUGUCCAACCAGUACGAGAACCUCACCCACCUGAGCCCAGUGCAGGUUCACAGUCGCCUGGUUGCCGUGCAGGUGGAGGCAGAGGAGGAUGUUCUGGUGGUGGGCCGGCCGGUCACCUUCCGAGCCACUGCCCUGCCAUCGCCGUACGGCGUGGUGUACACCUGGGACUUCGGGGACAGCUCCUCCCUGCUCACAGAGCCCCAGCCCACAGCCACCUACAGCUACCCCCGCCGAGGGGUGUACAACGUCACCGUCACAGCCAACAACACCGUGAGCAGCGUGGACACCGUGGAGUGCUACCAGGUGUUCGAGGAGAUAACGGGGCUGCGCGUUUCCGCGGACGAGGCUGCGGAGCAGGGAGCAGCCGUCACCGUCAACGCCUCCGUGCAGACAGGGGACAGCAUCACCUGGAUAUUCGACAUGGGCGACGGGACGGUGCUGAGGAGUCAGGUGCCAGUGGUAGAGCACGUGUACAUAAAGGACGUCAACUGCACCGUGAACGUGACAGCCGUGAAUCCUGUGAACUCCGUCUCCCAGGCGGUUCCUGUCCGGAUAUUUGUCCUGGAAAUACUCAAAAUAGAGCCUACUUCUUGCAUCCUGGAGCACCCCGACGUGCAGCUCACCGCCUACGUGACGGGCAAUCCUGAGGAGUACAUCUUUGACUGGACUUUUGGAGACGGCUCCUCCAAUGUCACAGUCAGCGGGGACCCUGUUGUGAUGCACAACUUCACCCGGAGCGGGACGUUCCCGCUCACCCUGACCCUCUCCAGCAGCUUUAACAAGGCUAACUACUUCACCAGUGUCUGUGUGGAGCCAGAGAUCCUCAAUGUCACCCUCCUCCCCUCCAAACGCUUUGUGAGGCUCGGGGAGGAGACCUCCUUCCAGGUCAGUGCCGUGCCUCCCUACCAGUACCGCUACCGCUGGGAUUUCGGCAACAACGAGUCCACCAGGUCCAGUGGGACCGAAGUGACCUACACCUACAAGAACACAGGGGUCUUCCUGGUCACAGUGACCGUCUCCAACAAUGUCUCUUUUAACAAUGACACAGCCUUUGUGGAGGUCCAGGAGCCGGUGGGGGUAGCAAAGAUUGAGUAUAACGGGACGGACGUUCUGGAGCUGAACCAGAUCUACCUGUUCUCUGCCAGCAUGAAUGGAACCAAAGUGAGUUACUGCUGGGACUUUGGGGAUGGCACUGUCCAGCCUGGGCAAGUGGCCACCCACUCCUACAACAGCACAGGGCACUACAGCAUUACAGUGAUGGGGCAGAACGACGUGAGCUCCAACGAGACCACCAUCGACGUCACGGUGAAACGGCGGCUCCUUGGCCUGACCGUCAAUGCCAGCAGGACAGUGGUGCCACUGAAUGGCUCGGUGAGCUUUGUAGCCACCCUGGUGGCUGGCACUGCCAUCCGCUACUCGUGGAUCCUCUGUGACCGCUGCACUCCCAUCCAAGGCUCCUCCACCAUCUCCUACACCUUCCGCUCCGUGGGCACCUUCAACGUCAUCGUGACGGCCGAGAACAAGAUCAGCUCGCUGCAGGACAGCAUCUACGUCUACGUGCUGGAGCAGAUUGAGGGCCUGCAGGUGGCCAGCACUGACCUGGUGGAGGACAUGUAUUUCCCAACUAACAAAACACUCCAUUUGCAGGCCGUGGUGAGAGAGGGCACGAACAUCUCCUACAGCUGGGUGGUCCAACAGGACGGCAAUGUUGUGCAGACCUCCACUGGGAAAACCUUCCCCUUGAGCAUCCUGGAAGCUGGGAACUACACUGUCUACCUGAAGGCCACCAACAUGCUGGGCUGUGCCACUGCUAACAGGACACUGGAGUUCAUUGAAAGCCUUGGUGUCCUAAAGCCCUAUGCCUUCCCCAACCCAGCUGCUGUUAAUGCCUCUGUGAACAUAAGUGCCACCAUAACCAGUGGCACUGGUGUCACAUACGUGUGGUACCUGGAGGAUGGCUCUUCUCCUGUCACCUCUGAACCCUUUAUUACACACUCCUUCCAAAGCCCUGGGAUGAUUGAGGUCAUUGUUGGAGCAGAAAACAGGCUGAAUUCAACCAAUGCCACUGUUUCUGUCUGUGUGGAGGAGGUCAUCGAGGGGCUGAGUAUAGGGACAGCAGAGCUGGACUGUAGGUACGUCUCCUCAGGCUCCACGGUGGUCUUUGAGGGGGAGCUGCAGAGGGGGACUGAAGUGACCUGGCUGUGGGAAGUGCCAAAUGGCACACUGAGUGGCCAUGCCGUGGCAGUCACGUUCCCCACGGCAGGGUGGUACACGGUGCACCUGAACGCCUCCAACGACAUCAGCUGGGCUCUGGCCAGCAGGAACAUCUCCGUGCUGGACAGGAUUCAAGGUCUGGAAGUUGUCGCCAGCAAGAAGGUGGUGGAGCCAGGAGAGCAGGUCACCUUUGAGAUCAGGAUGCUGUCAGGUACCUCUGUGAGUUACCUGGUGAGCAUUAGUGGGGAUUACUCCGUGGUGCUCAACGGCUCCAGGUACAGCCACGAGUUCGCCAAGAGCGGCGAUUACCUGGUGACCGUGACCGUGCAGAACCAGAUCAGCAUCGCCCACGCCCAGGUGCUCAUCUCUGUCCUGGAGCCCAUCCAGGAUGUCAGGCUCCUGAACUGCUGCGAGGAGGGCAUUCCCACGGGCACGGAGAAGAGCUUCAGUGCCCGCGUGGGCAGCGGCUCCCGCGUGUCCUUCUCCUGGCAGUUCUGCCUGUGGAAGGAGCGAGGCCGCUCCGUGGUUGCUGCGUCAGGAGACAGAGUUUCCUAUGCUCCAGAAGCUGCAGGGCUGCUGGAGAUCCACCUCACUGCCUUCAAUGACUUGGGAAGUGUCAACAUCACCAGAACCAUCCAGGUGCAGGACCCCAUAGUCCAGGUGUCCCUCAGUGCCACCAAUGCCUUUGUCAACAGGACGGCGCUGUUUGAAGCCGUGGUGGUGCCCAGCAGCAGGAGCGUUGAGUUCUUGUGGAGCUUUGGGGAUGGCUCUUCCACUCAAACCACCAGGGUUGCAGUGGCCAACUAUUCUUACCUGAGCCCCGGGGAUUACCUGGUGGAGGUGAAUGCCACCAAUCUCAUCAGCUUCUUCAUAGCCCAGCUCACUGUCACCGUCAAAGUCCUGGAGUGCGAGGAGCCCGAGGUGGAGCUGGCCCUGCCACCACAGGUGGUUAUGAAGAGAUCCCAGAGGAACUACCUGGAGGCACAGAUUGACCUCCGAGGGUGCAUCAAGUACCAGACAGAGCACCUGUGGGAGAUCUACCGAGCACCCAGCUGCAUGAACUUGGAUGACUCCAGCAGGAUCCGGCUGCCGAACGUCGACGUGAACAGGCCCCAGCUGGUUAUCCCAAAGCUCGGCCUGGAAGUUGGGAACUACUGCUUCAUGUUUAUUGUCUCCUUUGGAGACACCCCGCUGUCCAAAAGCAUCUUUGCCAACGUGACUGUGAUCCCAAGCAAGCUGGUCCCGAUCAUCGAUGGGGGGUCCUACCGUGUAUGGUCCAACACCCAGGACUUAAUCCUGGAUGGGGAGAAAUCCUACGACCCGAACUUGGAUGAUGGGGAACAGACCCCAUUGUUGUACGAGUGGUCCUGCACAUCCUCCUCCAAGAGCUCGGCUGCAGGGUGCUCUCUGAAUUUCAGUGCCAAGGAAGGAAUUGUCACAAUUUCCAAAGCUCUCUUAGAGGCAGAUGUGGAGUACACGUUCGACCUCACCGUCAGGAAGGAAGGGAUGAGUCCCGAGGCCACCAACCAAACCGUGUUCAUCAAGAGGGGAGGAGUGCCUAUUGUGUCCCUGGAGUGCAUUUCCUGCAAGGCUCAGUCUGUCUACGAGGUCAGCAAGAGCUCCUACGUGUUCCUGGAGGGCACCUGCCAGAACUGUCACAACGACUCCAAGCUUGGGAGGUGGGCAGCUCACAGCUUUAAGAACAAGUCCCUCAUCCUGGACAGAACAACCACGUCCACCGGCGACACGGGGAUGAACCUGGUGCUGAGGCCAGGAGCCCUGAGGGAUGGCGAGGGCUACACCUUCACCCUGCACAUCACAGACCUCACCACGGGGGAGGAGGGCUUCGCCUCCAUCGACCUGCUGCCCAACCAGCCCCCCGUGGGGGGGUCCUGCCGCCUGUCCCCCGAGGGACCCCUCCGGGCGCUGGAGACCAAGGUGCACUUCGAGUGUGCAGGCUGGCGGGACACGGAGGACGCGGAGGGGCCGCUGGUGUUCACCCUGCUGGCCUCGCGCCGCCGGCCCGGCCACUGGCAGGAGCUGUGCGUCUACAAGGGCAGCCGGGCCGAGCACGGCGCCUUCCUGCCCCCCGGCUUCCACGAGAGCGGCUUCCAGGUCUCCGUGGCCGUGCUGGUGCAGGACCAGCUGGGAGCCACCGUGGUGGCCAUCAAUCGCUCCAUGGAAAUCGGCCUCCCCGAGGGCUUCCCCAGCCUCUCCCACUGGCUCUACAAUCAGACUGACACCGUGCUCCAGGGCUUGGUGAAACAAGGGGACCCUCAGCAGGUCAUUGAGUACUCCCUGGCCCUCAUCACCAUCUUAAAUGAGUACGAGCGAUCCGUGCUGCUGGAGCCCGAGGCUGGGCAGGAGCUGGAGCUCCGCACCUGGACCCGCAACACCAUCACGGAGACGCUGAACGCGCUGAAGGUGAACACGGUGGAUGACAUCCAGCAGAUCUCAGCUGCCCUGGCCCAGUGCACGGUGGUGAGCAAGGAGCUGGUGUGCAAGUCAUGCCUGACAAGGACCCUGAACAAGCUGGAGACCAUGAUGACCAUUCUGCAGGGGGAGACCACCCAGGGCACGGUGACACCGACCGGCAUCGCCGACAACAUCCUCAACAUCACAGGUGACCUGAUCCACCUUGUCAAUACAGUUUCACAAGAAUCCAAGCCCCAGGAGCUGCUGGCUGAUUCCCACAAUUUGCUGCUGGCUCCCAAAGCCUACAACCUGUCUUCCAGCCUGAUGCGAAUCCUCAUGAAAUCCCGGGUGCUGAACGAAGAGCCCCUCGAGCUGGUGGGAGGAGAAAUUAAGGCCACAGGCAAGAGGUCUGACCCCUUUAACCUGCUUUGCUACGAAAACACACCAAACUGCCAGUUCUCCAUCCCCCAGGCCUUCAACUCCACCCUUUCCAACCUGACGGAUGUCAUCCAAGUCAUGUUCCAAGUGGACUCCAAUCCCUUCCCUUUUGGCUACAUCAGCAACUACACCGUGUCCACCAAGGUGGCCUCCAUGGAGUUCCAGACACACAACGGGGUGCAGAUCCCCAUCGGGAGCCUGGACUCUGAAAAAGCCAUCACUGUCAUGGUCUCAAACAGCACAGAGCCCGAAAAUCUCGUGGCUGGCACUGAAGUCAUCGAGGCAAGAACGUCUGUGAACCUGAUUGUGGUCAUGGAGAGCAACAACAGGGAAGCAGGACUGCACUUUCAGCUCACCUACAGAGUCCUCAAUGAGCAUUAUCUGGCCAGUGAGCCCGAGCCCUUUGUCAUGGCCUAUCUCCAUCAUGAGCCCGAGCCCAACGAGCACAACUGCUCUGCCUCCAAGAGAAUCAGCCUGGACGCCCUGGCUGGAAGUGACCACAAGCUCUACACCUUCUUCACCUCACCCAGAACGGAUGACCCCAUCCAGAAAUACUACCUGAACAUCACCAACCACUUCAGCUGGUCGGCAGUGGAGGUGACCCUGGGGCUGUACACGUCCCUGUGCCAGUACUUCAGCGAGCAGGAGAAGCGCUGGAAGACAGAAGGAAUUGUCCCCCUGGAGGAGACCAGGCCAGACCAGGCCGUGUGCUUGACCCAGCACCUCACAGCCUUUGGGGCCAGCCUGUUUGUGCCCCCAAACUCUGUUCAGUUCAUCUUUCCCGCUCCAGGCCCAGGGCUGAACUACAUCGUGCUGCUAACGUGUGCUGUGUGCUUUGUCACCUACUCGGUGGCCGCGCUGAUCGUGCACAAGCUGGACAUGAUCGACAUGAGCCGCGUGGGGGUGAUCCCCUUCUGCGGCAAGAACGGGAUGUACAAAUACGAGAUCCUGGUGAAAACUGGCUGGGGCAGAGGCUCAGGUACCACGGCCCACGUGGGCAUCGCCCUCUACGGGGUGGACAACAAGAGUGGCCACAGACACCUGGAUGGGGACAACGCCUUCCACCGCAACAGCCUGGACGUGUUCCAGAUCGCCACGGAGCGCAGCCUGGGCAGCGUCUGGCGCAUCCGCAUCUGGCACGACAACAAAGGCCUGAGCCCCGCGUGGUACCUGCAGCACGUCAUCGUGCGGGACCUGCAGAGCAGCAAGAGCUAUUUCUUCCUGGUGAACGACUGGCUCUCGGUGGAGAGCGAGGACAACGAUGGCCUGGUGGAGAGGGAGGUGUUUGCUGCCAGCGAGAGCGAGCUGAGGAGCUUCUGGCGGAUCUUCGUGGCGGAGCUGCAGCGUGGCUUCUUUGAGAAGCACGUGUGGCUGUCCCUGUGGGACCGCCCGCCCCGCUCCCGCUUCACCCGCGUCCAGAGGGCCACCUGCUGCUGCCUCCUCAUCUUCCUCUUCCUCUGCGCCAACGCCGUGUGGUACGGCGUGGUGGGCAGUGUCCACCUCAGCAACGUGGCCGUCUCCAGCCUGCUCCCUGUCAGUGUGGACACGGUGGCUGUUGGCCUGGUGUCCAGCGUGGUGGUGUACCCUCUCUACCUGGUCAUUCUCUUUCUCUUCCGGAUGGCUCGUGGCAAGGUCUCCAUCAGCCACACAGUGACUCACUCAGACCAGCAGUCCCUGGAGAUCGACAACUACCUGGACUCCUCAAUCCUGGACAGCUCCUUCCCCACCUUCCCUGGGAUCCAGGCAGAGGCCUUCUCUGAGCAAACCAAAACAGAUCUGUUCCUGGAGGACUCCAAGAGCCUGGUGCCCUGGCCCUCCAGCGAGGCCCUGCUCAGCUGGCCAGACCUGCUGAGUGACCCCUCCAUCAUGGGCAACACCAUCCAGAAGCUGAAGAGAGGCCGGGCCAGCCGCCACCUGGGGCUGGAGGCCCCGCUGGCCCCCGAGGAGGACACCUUGUCCCUUGGGAUCCACCAGGGACAGCCCCGCUACUUCUCAGCCUCAGAUGAGGAUCUGAUCCGGCAGAUCCUGGCAGACGGAGCCAGUGGCAUCUCCCAGGACCUGGGGCCGUACAUGAGGGCAGAAACAGAUCUGAUCUCAGGCCUGUCCAGCGUGUUUGGAGAGAAGGUGGAGACUGUCAUGAUGCAGAGGCUGAACGACAAAGGGCAGAGCGUGGCACCUCCUCCCAGGGAAGUGAGCAGAUCAGCCAAGUCCACCUGGACAGUUGCAGACCAGACGUUCAGGAAGCGGCUGCUCCCUCCCUGGUGCUCCCUGCUGGCUCAUGGCAUCAGCCUCCUGCUCCUGGCCACCGCCGCGGGCGUCUCCGUGUGGAUCGGGGUGGGCUUCUCCUCCAGCGUGGCCCUCAUGUGGCUCAUCUCAGGGAUAUUCAGCUUCCUGGCAUCCUUCCUGGUCUGGGAGCCCCUGAAGGUGCUGCUGGAAGCCCUCUAUUUCUCCCUGGUUGCCAAGAGGCUGCACCCAGAGGAGGAUGACACCUUGGUGGAGCAGCCCUGCGUGGAGCACGUGUCCGAGAGGAUCAGCAAGGUCCGGCCCCCGCAGGGAUUUGCCCUGUUCCAGGCCAAGGAGGAGGCCAGGAAGGUCAAACUGCUGCACAGGAUGCUCAAGAAUUUCCUCAUCUACAUGAUGUUCUUGCUGGUGGUCCUGCUCACCAACUACGGGGACGCCUCCCGCACCAGCCGGGCCUUCCUGCUGCAGAGCUCCAUCAAACAGCAGCUGGGCAGCAGCGACUUCCUGCUCAUCAAGAGGUCGGAUCAGUUCUGGGUGUGGAUGUCUCAGGUGUUCCUCCCUUACCUGUACAACAACGGCUCUGGCCAGGAGAGCCACAGCACCACGCUGGGGACAGCCCGGCUGCGCCAGCUCCGCCUGCAGGGAGCUGAGUGCCAGCAGAGUGCCCAGGACAUCCUGCAGGGCAUGGGCAGUGCCCAGAGGAGCUGCACUGACCAGCACAGCUUUGCCACUGCUGACUAUGGAGUGGGCUGGGAGAGCACAGCCGGGAAUGGGACGGCGGCGUGGGCACACUCAGCACCCGACCUGGCAGGGAUCUGGUACUGGGGCUACAUCUCCUUCUACGACAGCAGUGGCUACGUGCAGGAGCUGGGCCCUUCCCUGGAGGAGAGCCGGGCUCAGCUGGAGUUCCUGCAGCAGCACACCUGGAUCGACAACAUGAGCCGGGCAGUGUUUGUGGAGCUGCUGCAGUACAACCCCAGCGUGGACCUGCACGUGGCCCUCACCCUGCGCCUGGAGUUCCCUGGGGCUGGCCAGGCCAUCGCUGCUGUCACCAUCAGCCCCUUCCCCCUGCUGCGCCUCAGCGGGGGGGUCACCCUGCAGCUCCUCAUGAUGGUGUUCCUCAUGCUCUUUGUGGUUUACUUCGUGGUGUCAGAGUCUCUGGCCAUCAAGAAGGAAGGCAGAGCCUACUUCACCCUGUGGGGCAACUACAGCCAGUGGCUUUUCAUCCUGCUCACCACGUGCACGGUGCUGGUGCACCUCAGCCAGGCCACCCUGGCAGACCAGCAGUGGCUCAGGUACCUCAGCAACCGCAGGGGCUUCACCAACUUCUACCAGGUGGCCUUCCUCAGCUCCGUCUUCAGCAGCCUGGCCGCCUCCCUCCUCUUCCUCCUGACCGUGCAGGCCGCCCAGCAGCUGCGCUUCGUCCGGCAGUGGUCAGUGUUUGGAAAGACCUUCCAGAAGUCCAUGAAGGAGCUGAUGGCUGCAGGGGUGGCCUUCGCCCUCCUCCUCCUGGCCUAUGCCCAGCUCGGCUUCCUGCUCUUCUCCUCCUCCUCUGAGUCCUUCCGCAGCGUGGGCAGCAGCCUCCUGCUGCUGCUGGCCCUCCUGCGGGGCGGCGCCAGCCUCCGGCCCUGCCUGCCCGAGGCCUCGGGGCUCUACUGCCUCUUCUGCACCUCCUACGUGGUGCUGGAGGCGUGGGUCGUGCUGCGGCUGCUGGCGGUGGUGCUGAUCCAAAGCUACCGCGAGAUGCACUUGGAGCUCUACCGGCCUGCCUUCGAGCCCCAGGACUACGAGAUGGUCGAGCUGUUCGUGCGCAGGCUCAAGAUGUGGAUGGGCUUCAGUAAAGCCAAGGAGUUCCGGCACAAGGUGAGGUUCGAGGGGAUGGAGCCGCUGCCCUCCCGAGACUCCAGCGACUCCAAGUCCUUCCGUGGCCCCACUCCCAGCGCCGCCUCCGACAGCUCCAGGACCUCCACGUCCUCCAGCCAGCUGGACGGGCUGAGCCUGGUGCUGAGCGCCCGCGACAGCCUGGAGGUGGACGCUGACAUCCAGCGCCUCCUCUCGCUCUUCGAGAUGCUGCUGGCGCAGUUCGACCGCGUCAACCAGGUGACAGAGGACGUGUCCCGCAUCGAGCACCUGCUCGAGUUCUCCCGCAGCCGCCGCGCCCGCAGGAGGCACCGCGGGCCCGAGGGCAGCUUGGAGCAGGGCCCGUCCCUGGAGGCACCGGACACGGAGCCGCUGUCGCCACGCUGUGCCGGGGCCGUGCCCGUGCCCGGCCGGCUGCUGCGGGCCAGCCGCGGGGUCAGCGCGGCCACGGGCACGGUGGGCAAGCCCUGUGCGGCCAGGAGGAAACGGCCCCUGCGGGCCAAGAACCGGGUGCACCCCACGGUCAAGUAACGGGGUGCGGGAGCGAUGCCCUGGCAGGGCUUUGUUGGGUGGGCUGUGCCCGCCCGGAGCUGCCGCGGCGGCUGGGCCGGCCGGGCACGGGGGCGCUCCGGCCACGCCGCUGGCACGGCCACCGGCCCUUCGGAAGCGGCCCCAGGGAGCGUUCCAGUGGUAGAGAUGGAAGGGGAGAAGGCCGAGCCUUUCCCCGGGGCAUGAGCAGGUGGAGGAGAUCCCUGCUGGCUCACAGGGAGCAGCUGGGGGUGUUCAACGGCCCCGGCUGCAACCGGCCACAGGUGGGACUGGGGUGGGCACAGGGGGACGGGACAAAGCUCCCCCCCCUUCCCUGCUGGCUGUGCCGGAUGGGAAAGGGAAAGGAGAGCCCCAGGCCUUGAAGGUUUGAACCAAGUCUUGGAUUUUUGUCGACCAGACGCACUGUGGAGGAAAGCGACAGCUUUCAAGAAGGUAUUUAACCCACCUUGGUUUUUAGGCAUAAAUAGAUAUAUAGAGAAAUGCUAUCUACACCCAGAGCAGUUAAUUUCCAGUAUUGGCUACUUUUAUCCUCCAGAAAUUGGUACUAUUAUUUGUAUUUAAAGAAAUCCAAUAUUUAAAACAAAGGACAUUGCAGCGAGCUGGGGACGAGAGACCCCUGGGCUGCCUCAGCCACCUCCCAGCGUGGGGUUCCCAAACUCCCAGCGUGGGGUUCCCAAACUCCCAGCGUGGGGUUCCCAACGUGCUGGUGUCACUGUGGUCCCUACCCGCCCUGUCCCCCCGCCGUGGCCCCGGGGUGCAGGCGCCGCUGGCUGCUUGGCUUCUCUAACCCAAGGAAUGUAUUGCCCUAAGUAUAUGUAUUUUUGUUUUUGGUUUACUUGUUCCUAUGUACUGCCCAGCACUUUAAACAAGGCUUUCCUCGGCUACCAGUGACACGUGCGAGCUAAGAAUGGGAUAAUAUAUCACAAAAGCAGUAUUUUGUUUGUUUAAAUCAUAAACUGAAAUGGGCAGGGAGGAGGGGAAUGCAGCCCCAGCUCAGGCAGCAGUGCCAGCACCUUCCAUGAGCACAAAGGAGGCAGGUGAAGCCCUGAGGGAGCUUUUUUGGGGUCCCUCCAGCCCUGCCAGCUGGGAUUCACCAUGUGCUGGGCUACAGCUGCUGGGCUACAGCUGGCCUGUGCCAUGGGGCUCCCCAGAUCACAGCCUGGGGGUGCCUGAAGCCCCCCCAGGUGCUGCCUUCCCCUCCUCAGCCCCAUUUCACCUUAUGGCUAUUGUAAGUAAUUUAUACGGGGUUUGUUUGGUUUUUAAAUGUAUAUAUUUUUGUAUGUUUGCUAUAUUUUCAUAGCAUCGGUACCGUGUUUGAAACAUGUAGAUAGGAGACAGAACACUAUUGUCAGAGUUAUUUAAAGGAUGUAUUAAGUGCUUCUUCCUGGGAAUGUCCCGUGUAUAUAAGGAUUGGGUGUCUGUGUGUGUGUGGUGCGUGUGCUCUCCUGGGCUGGCUCGGAGCAGUGGCCACAGGUGGAUGGGAAAAAGCCCCCAGUGGGCUCCUCCGUGUGUUCCAGAACCUGCUCCAUGCUUUGGACAGGUGAGAGAGGGGAAGGGAAGGCUGAAGAGGGCAGAGCUGCAGGGCAGGGGCCUUGGGUUCAGCAGCCUCUGGUGCUGGUGGGGCUGGAAGCACCUUCCCAGGGCAGGGAGACUUUUCCAGGUGGAGAGAGGGGGCUCCUAAAGCACUUCCAUUGCUCCAUCCCCUCCUGAGCCUCCCCUCCAGCCCCCAGCUGGGUUGGAUACUUGGGAAGAUUUCAUUCCAGCAUCCAUGUGCUCCCCUGGCCAUGUGAGUCAGGGUGGCUGCAGGGGGACACUGGCUGCUCUGGGAUGCCUUUGGGACAGGUCUGAGUUACCUUUGGAAAACUCAGGUGCUGUGCAGGACAGAUGUUGUGGAAAGGUUGCAGAGGGAUGAGGGCAGGAGAAGACAAGUGAAGUGGUGCUUGGUCAGCAUGGAGGUGUUGGAAGAGCAGAAGACACAGAGACAUGGAGUGCAGAGGGGAGAAAUGAAAUCCUGGUAACCCAGGACAGGGGAACAGGGCAGAGAAGGGCCCUGAGGG